AUGGCGGCUGGUGGGAUUUCUGCCGCUGAACAAGCCUGGCUUCAGGCUGCCCAAGCCUUCAUCCAAGAGACCUUGUGUCCAGCUGGCAAGGAGCCCAGUGUCCAGUUGACUCAGCUAGUGAUUGAUUGUGUGAAGACAAUCUGGUUGUCCCAGGGAAGGAAUCAGGGUUUUACACUGCCCCUCAGCUACAGUUUUGUCUCAGUACAGGACCUCAGGACCCACCAGCGUCUCCCAUGCUGCAGCCAUCUGGCCUGGAGCAGUAGUGCAUACCAGAUUUGGGCCCAAGAGGCUGGACCAGAUGGGGACCCCCUGCCCCGGGAGCGACUGUUACUUUUAGGGACAUUAACAGAUCUAUCAGGGGACUUGGAACAAGAGUGCAGGAAUGGAAGCCUCUCUGUGAAAGAUAACACUGGUAUUGUGGGCUGUGAGCUCAUAGAUCUGGACCUUUCUUGGCUGGGUCAUCUCUUCCUUUUCCCCAGUUGGAGUUACCUCCCUCCUACCAAGUGGCAUUCCUCAGGGGAAGGGCAUUUGGAGCUCUGGGGUGCCCCUGUACCAGUUUUCCCCUUGACUGUCAGUCCUGGUCCUGCCACACCGAUCCCUGUCCUCUACCCAGAGAUUGCUUCUCGCCUGCUCAGACACAAAAGCAAACACAGAGUUGUGCAGCCAAACCUGGCUGGGAAGCUGGUUCGAUUGAGUGCUCUGGUGAACAGUCACAGGAAAACGUAUUUUGUGCUCUCUUUUGGCAGUUCAUCCCCAGCUGUCAGCCAUGUGCCCGUUGUUGUACAGGUACCUGCCCAACUGGUAUGGCAUCGUGUCCUUCGGCCUGGUCAAGCCUAUGUGUUGACAGAACUGCGAGUAUCCAAGAUCCAUGAUCACCAUUACCAUGUUUGGACGACCAGUCCCUCCUCCCAACUGUUGCCACUGAAACCAGAAUGUGUGCAGGAGUUGGAACUGGAGCUGGAAGGACCCCCCUUGGAGGUUGACCCCAAGCCACUUCCUAUGCCCAGCAACUCUCUGGACAUGAAGGGGAAGAAAGAUCUUGUCCGGAACUCCAGACUUCUGUCAUAUUCUGGAAUGGUCACUAGCAUACUGAAUGAACCUGCUGGCCUCUAUGAGCUGGACGGGCAGCUGGGACUCUGUCUCGCCUACCAGCAAUUCCAUAGAUUCCGACAUGUGGUGCGACCAGGAGUCCAUCUGGAGCUCCAUGAUGCUCACCUUCUGCAGUCUGUGGGUGGAGGAACCAAAAGGCCAGUGCUUGCUAGCUGCCUUGGUGGUGCCGUCCAGUUUCGUCGCUUCUCUCGGCAGAAGCCCAAGAUUCAGUCAUCCCACCCAGCUCAUGGGGCCUCUCUGUAUGAGCAACUGGUGUGGGAACAUCAGUUAGGACUUCCUCUCUACCUGUGGGCUACCAAGGCCCUGGAGGAGCUGGCCUGCAAGCUUUGUCCCCAUGUGCUGAGACAUCACCAGUUCCUGAAGCAGCAUUCUCCAGGGAACCCCAGCCUGGGACUACAACUUCUGGCUCCUACCCUGGAUGUUCUAGCUGUGCCAGGCAGCCCCAUUCGGAAUGCACACAAGGAAAUUCUUGAAGAGCCGCAUCAUUGUCCCCUCCAGCAAUACGUUCGACUACACACUUCCUGUUCUUUCCCCACUCUGGCUAACCUCAAAGAGGAAGGGCAGUCCAGGGCCUGGGCCUCCUUUGACCCUAAGGCCCUUCUGCCCCUCCCAGAAGCUUCUCAUCUACCCAGUUGCCAGCUAAAUCACCGCCUGGCCUGGUCCUGCCUCUGCCUGCUGCCCUCUGCCUUCCACCCAACUCAGGUUUUGCUCGGGGUUCUUGUGGCUUCAUCUCGUAAAGGUUGUCUGCAGCUUCGGGACCAAAGUGGUUCCCUGCCCUGCCUGCUCCUGGCCAAGCACUCACAACCCAUCACUGACCCUCGGCUCAUAGGCUGCCUGGUGCAGGUAGAGAAGUUCCAGCUGGUUAUAGAGAGGGAUGUCAGAAGCAACUUCCCAUCCUGGAGGGAGCUGAGCAUGCCCGGCUUCAUCAAGAAGCAGCAGGCCAGAGUCUACGUCCAGUUCUGUUUGGCUGAUGCCCGCAUCCUGCCUGUGCCUAAACCCUUCCUUCACUCAUCCACCUCCUCAAGACUUCCACAAACAGAUUCCACCCACCCAGACAGACUCCACACAGGACAGAGCCGGUUAUUCUUGCUAUCCCACAAGGAGGCCCUAAUGAAGCGGAACUUCUGUGCUUCCCCAGGAGCUAAUCUGGAGGAGCCCAAGCCCACCCUCAGUUUCCAUGUGUCAGGGAACUGGCUUGGGUGCACCCAGAGGAAAGAAGGGACUGGAUGGAGUACGCUGGAGCCCCAGGGAGAUGAGAACAAGGAUCAGAAGGUUCUCCUCAUCUUCCUCGGCUCUUCAGUCCGCUGGUUUGAGUUCUUGCACCCAGGGCAAGUGUACCGACUUGUGGCUCCAGGCCCCCCAACACCAACGUUGUUCAAGGAGGGCGGUUCGUCCUGCGUAUCUCAGCAACCUUUGGAGCUGGCUGGCUGUGCCUCCUGCCUCACUGUCCAAGAUGAGUGGACGCUAGAGCUUGAGCGUUCCCAGGACAACGUGGAUGUGUUGGAUGCAGAUAAAGCACUUUGCAAAUCCUCAAUAACUGACUUCCUCAGUGGCAACAUCACCGAUUCCUUGGUGUCUUUCUCAGCGGAGAUUUUGUCACGGACUCUGUGUGAACCACUUGCAACCUCUCUUGGAACAACGCCGGGAAGCACCGGUCCUGUGAGAGAGUGUGUGAAACUCACUGUAGCUCUCAAGAGCACUGGCUCUGAAUUUCCGCCUCACUUGAGCAUAUACAUCCAGGACCCACACCUGCCUCUCCCACUAGGACUCCUUCCAGGAGCUCGAGUCUACUUUAAACAGCUAGAAAAAAGGGUUUCCAGAUCCCACAACGUGUACUGUUGUUUCCGGUCAUCCACUUACGUACAGGUCCUGAGCUUUCCUCCGGAGACGACCAUCAGCACCCCCUUGCCUCAUAUCUACCUGGCGGAACUUCUGCAGGGUCAUCAGGCCCCCUUCCAGGCCACUGCCUCUUGUCAUAUCGUUUCUGUCUUCAGCCUUCAGCUCCUCUGGGUGUGUGCUCAUUGUACCAGCCUGUGCCCGCAGGGAAAAUGUUCUCAUCAGGGCCCUGCUUGCCCCACGCAGACAUCUGUAAGCCAGGCCAGAAUCAGGAUCCUGGUGGAAGAUGGCACUGCUGAAGCUGUGGUGACCUGUAGGGAUCAUCAUGUGGCAGCAGCACUGGGGCUGUGUCCUAGUGAGUGGACCGCCCUUCUAGAGUGUGUCCGAGCUCCAGGAAGAGUGGUCAUGCACUUCACAGGGCCUGGGGCCCAACUUGAGUCCUCAGCCAAGACAGAUGAACCCUUGACCCUCUUCCUCUGGACACUUUGUACCAGCCUCUUUGUCCUUCGCCCGAUUAUGCUUUCUUUCGAGCUUGAGAGGAAACCUACCAAGAUCCUCCCCUUAGAACCUCCCCGGCUACAGCGUUUCCAGUGUGGGGACCUUCCUCUCCUGACUCGUGUAAAUCCCAGACUUCAGUUGUCAUGCCUCUCUAUUCAGGAGCCAGAGCACCCUAGCUCUCUGGGGGCUUUUGCUGCCACCUGUUAG